GGGAUUCAGCAUUCUACAACAAACCACUUCAUUCUUAUUCGUUUUCAUCUUCUUCUUUGCAAUCUCACCUUCUUCAUCAAUCAAUAUACUAUAUUUUGUUUGUUUGGUCUGGAAUUGAAAAGCCAAAAUGGUUUUGUCAAAGACUGCUUCGGAUUCUGAUGUUUCAAUUCAUUCGACUUUCGCUUCUCGAUAUGUUCGAACUUCUCUUCCCAGGUUUAAGAUGUCGGAAGACUCAAUCCCAAAGGAAGCUGCAUAUCAGAUCAUUAACGAUGAGCUGAUGUUGGAUGGAAAUCCUAGAUUGAAUCUUGCUUCGUUUGUGACAACUUGGAUGGAACCUGAAUGUAAUAAGCUUAUCAUGGAUUCUGUUAACAAGAACUAUGUUGACAUGGAUGAAUACCCUGUUACAACUGAGCUUCAGAACCGCUGUGUGAAUAUGAUUGCCCAUCUAUUCAACGCACCACUUGGAGACUCUGAAGCUGCAGUCGGAGUCGGGACAGUUGGAUCAUCAGAGGCAAUAGUGCUAGCUGGAUUAGCAUUCAAGAGGAAAUGGCAAAAUAAGAUGAAAGCUCAGGAUAAAUCCUGCGAUAAACCCAACAUUGUCACUGGUGCUAAUGUUCAAGUCUGCUGGGAGAAGUUUGCGAGGUACUUCGAGGUGGAGCUUAAAGAAGUGAAACUUAGUGAGGGUUAUUAUGUGAUGGAUCCAACAAAGGCUGUUGAAAUGGUGGAUGAAAAUACCAUAUGUGUAGCAGCUAUCCUCGGCUCGACCUUAAAUGGAGAAUUCGAAGACGUUAAGCUCUUGAAUGAUCUCUUGCUUGAGAAGAACAAGAUUACUGGGUGGGAUACCCCAAUUCACGUUGAUGCAGCCAGUGGGGGAUUCAUUGCACCAUUCAUAUACCCGGAACUAGAAUGGGAUUUCCGUUUGCCUUUGGUGAAAAGUAUAAACGUCAGUGGUCACAAACAUGGCCUUGUAUAUGCUGGGAUUGGUUGGGCGAUCUGGAGGACAAAAGAGGAUUUGCCAGAAGAACUUAUUUUUCAUAUCAACUACUUGGGAACUGAUCAACCCACCUUCACCCUCAACUUCUCCAAGGGUUCCAGUCAAGUUAUUGCGCAGUACUAUCAACUUAUCCGCUUAGGAAUUGAGGGUUACCGUAACAUCAUGGAGAAUUGUAGCGAAAAUGCAAUAGUACUUAAGAUAGGGAUCGAAAAGAUUGAUCGAUUCAACAUUGUGUCGAAGGACAAAGGAGUUCCAUUGGUAGCAUUCUCUCUGAAAGACCAUACUCAUUACACUGAAUUUGACAUAUCGCACAUGCUACGACGUUUUGGGUGGAUUGUUCCAGCUUACACAAUGCCGGCUGAUGCGCAACAUAUUACGGUGUUACGUGUUGUAAUAAGAGAAGAUUUUUCGCGUACUCUAGCAGAACGGCUUGUUUUGGACAUAUCAAAAGUUUUGAAAGAGCUUGAUAGCACAUCUGCAAAACUUACUGUGAAGAUAAAUAAGCAGAUUUCUGAUAACUAUGAGAAGCAAGUUCAAGAAAAUGGGAAAGCUUUGAGGAAUACAAAAAUGGAAACUCAGAUAGAGGUAAUUAAUAAACUGAAGCAGAUGGAGUUGGCUACUAAGACUAAUGGAAUAUGUUAAUUCGAGAUUAUUCUCCGGAGACUUGACUUUAUGUGAUUUAUUUUCUGAUUCAGUAAGUUUAUUUUGAGAAUAUUGUUUAUUAUUAUAAAGAGUUUGGAGAGAGUUCAAGAUGAUCCAUAAUGAUCCAUUUUGAGUAGUACAUUUUUUAAACAUAAAUGCUACAUGACCGUCCAAAAAAAAAACGAAAGAGAAACCGUGCAGACACAGAAAAUUGGUGGGUCCCGCUGGUGGAGAAUAACAGGGGUUCCAUUUAAAGGCCGCAUGUGUUUAUCCGGUUGCUGUGUAGUUUUAUUCCACGGUUUGGCAAGAAUUUUUGUUUUUUUAAUUUCUCCUAUUUGAU